UAUUUCAGUUGAGGAGCCACCUCUGAUCACAAGUCAUUUCGAAGAAUCCUACUACAUGAAAGAAGAUGAUGAUACACCAAAAACCUUUCAAUGUAGUUCAUCUGGUAACCCGGUCCCAACAUUUCAAUGGAAAAAAGACGAUCAAGUAUUACAUAAGAGCCUACAAAUUUCCACGAAUCGGCGCACAGGAGAACUGACAAUAACCAAACCCUCAAUACGUGACUUCGAUACAUAUCAGUGUUUUGCCACAAACAAAUAUGGAACAGCAGUCUCUGCAGCAUUUAAAAUAGAAAGAGCAGUAAUUUCAAGUUUUAGUGACACAGUUGAAAGGACAUUACCAAAUGCUUACCAGUAUAGGAACUUGUCUAUACCAUGUACGGGUAAACCAAGAUGUAAACCUGAUAACGUGUGUAGGGUUGAAUGGAAGUUAGGGAAAGGGACCAGUAAUACUAUAUAUGAAACCAAACGAAUAGCUAUUGAUAAAGAUGGUACUCUGCAUUUUUUGUACGUUGACCUUGAUGAUGGAUCUACAGCAGCUAAGCCUUAUGCAUGUGGUGUAAACAAUGAGCUGAUGAGAGCAUUUUACAAAGGCGGCAAUGUCAUCAUGUCAGUCUUUAAAGUUACAAACCCUUCUAUAGUUAAACCACUAAUACUUUUCGCACAGGAUGUUCAUGGUUUACUUGGGGGAGAUGCUGAACUACAGUGUGUUUUUUCCGGAUAUCCCCUUCCAGAUAUUGAAUGGUAUUCGUCUGGCUUCAAUCAACCAAUUCAGCCAAGUGGCAAAUAUCAAUUCACUGAUCCUAGUGUCAGGAGAAACCUGAGAAUAAAAAAUUUAAACAUAACCGAUGAAGGAACGUAUAUUUGCCGAGGCGUCAACAUACUUGGUACUGCUCAAGCUCGUAUAUAUGUCAAUGUAACAUCUAAACCGAUUUUUCAAGAAGGUGAGACACUAAAAUCCCAAAUUAUCCCUGAUGGUCAAAAUGCUGUGUUUAAGUGCAAAAUGGAAUCCCUUCCUUUUGAAAAACCUCCUUCAGUACCUAUUUGGAGACGAAAUGGAAAAGGAUUGUAUCAUGGACAAUAUGACAGCAAUCUUUCACACAAAUAUCAGCUCAGCGCAGAUAAAGAAAUCCUUACCAUUAAGAGUGUAAAGUAUCCAGAAGACUCAAGUAGUAUAAGUUGUGAAACAGGAAACGUAAUAUUUGACAUGAAUGGCGAAGACAGUUAUGUUAGAAGUUAUGCCUACGCUUUCCUAAGGGUAACGGCAUGUCCGCCUGGCUUUAUAUUGACAAACGGUACUAACUGUGAGCCAUGUACUGAAAACUGGUAUGGGAACGAUUGCCUUUGUGUUUGUAAAUGUAAUACCCGUCAAAGAUGUGAUAAUGUUCUUGGUUGUGUUAAUACACAGACGUCUUCAAGAGCGACAACUACACAAUCAACGAAUCCGAGAGUUUUUGAUCGGAAUUUAGUCGUAUAUAUAUUGGUCAUUGCUUGCGGUAUGAUAUUGAUGCUAGGUCUUUUAGCUUGCAAGAAGAUAUGGAAAAAGGGUGAUACCAGACAAGUUCAAACUAUCAACGAAGAUAAUAAUUUAAGACAAAGACAUAUUCGAGUCACUUCAUAUAACGGCAUAUAUGAUGAAAUCGAAGCGUUGGGGAUGGUAGAAAAUUCUGAUAUAAACCUGAUUCAGAUAAAGAAUAUAGCUAAUGCAAAUGAGGCAACGGGAAAUUCGGACGACACUUAUUACCUCUGUCCUUUAGAUUUAGAAGAUAAUAACUGUACCACUGAACACAAUAAUUACCUCUGUCCUUUGUAUUCAGAAGAUAAUAACAGUACCACUGAAGCCCCUACAUUCGCUGUUCAUGCAAGUUGUCGUUCCAUUCAUACAUCCGAUCAAAGCAAUUAUGUAUUUGAAAGUGAUGAUUACACGCGUGACAGUAAUGUGUAUGAGAAUAUAUAUGAUGUGCCGCAUGAACCAUGCGGAGAUACGGACGAUUCACCUGAAAUCAUUGAACAAGACAACGUGAAGGAUGAAUAUUUAAACCAAUAUCAACCUCUGCAAGAUAAUUGGAAACAAGCACCGCAAACUUAUACGGACACUUUUACUCUUCAUCCUUGGACUGUGAAAACAACAUCUUCGUCCGACAAGAAGGACGAAAACACUGACCAAGAAAAUUAUGUAAACGGGAACAUGCAGUACUCUCUUGUUGAUGAACGUCUUUAUGAAAACCAGGACAACUUCACUCAUUCUUAUCUGCAACUCUUAUCAGUAGCAGAAACUUCUACAAAUAAAGAUGAAACAAUCUGCUAAAAGAAAAUCCAAAUGAGAUGCCAGAAAAAAAAAAGAAAUAGGAUGCAGACACGACUAGAAGACAUGCUUUUCAUAAUCUUUUUUUUUCAGCAUUUAGCUGAAGCCCCAAUAAAUAGCGUUAGAGAAAUCAUUUUUGAUUUAGAAAGGAAGAAACAUUAACAUUGAGUCAACACUAGCUUGCAUAUUUGUUGUGCAAAGGAGCACAAUUUAAAAUUCAUUUGAAAAAUGUGUCACAUUUUCUGUGUCAAUUUGUUGCAUUUAAACAUUUUUACGUUCCUUUUCCCGGUUAAAUACCUGCAUGUAAUUUAACGUCAGAGUUCCUCGCUUUUGCACAUCAGAGUUUGAUUUUUAUUUUUCCAGAAAAAUGCAACUGACAUAUAAAUUUUUCAAGACAGUAAAUCCAGAAAAGCGCGUCUAGCACAUUAAAUUAAUAAAAAUGUAAUUUUCAUUUUCCUUUACUUAUACACUUAUAUACUGUUGAAAUUUUGGUGAUGGGUUUUCGUCUUUAUGACAGGAAUUUUGGAUAUGUGUUUCAUUAAAUGUUGCCCCUUAGUUUUUUCACAUUCAUUUAGACUUGUUUUUCUCAUACUCACGUUUUACAUUUUUAAGCUGAAGAUUUAGUUUUUAAUAUUUGACAUUUGUACAUUUGUAAUUAAGACUUUUGUUGUUUCUUUGUGUGUAUUUUGACAUUACUUUUUUAAUAUUAUUAGAUUAUGGUACCGAAUUGACUGUUAACUAUACGAUCUGAUAUUUAUAUUUUUUUUCGCUUCAAAUCAUUUUAUUUUUUGUGUUUUCAAAUUCGUCUCGCAUAGAUUUAAAUUUUGUUUACAUUAAGAUGUUUUAUCCUUCUUUUAUAUUUGUAUUUUGUCUCAAGUUUUGAUUUUUGUCAAUUUCUUGAUAUUCACUCUUGUAUGCUUUUUUAAUUAACUGUUUUUUUUUCAUUCCAGCUUAACCGUUUCUAAGGAAAACGUAUGUCUACCAAAGAUAAGAAAGGGACAUUCAAACUCUUAUAGUCGUCUUCAAACUGACAACGCCAUGGCAAAAUAAGAAAAAUGACCAAAGGACAAACAACAGUAUACAAAAUAUAACAUAGAAAACUAAAGACUGAGGAGCAUUAACCCCACCAAAAACAGGUGCUCCGGACGGGAAAGCAGAUCCUGCUCCACACGUGACACCCGUCUUGCUGCUCAUGUAAGUACAAACCCGAUGCGAAGUCUUAUUCGGUAGGUCAUAUUUGUGGGAAAGAGAACGGUAUUGUUGUUACGACAAUUGCAACAUAUCCGUCGUACCGUCAUCUAUGGGGAACAUAUAUUCUAUAACUGUCAACCAGCUAGUGAUGCCGUUCGUAAAACUUUCGAAAGGAUGCUUUCAACUUCACCACCUGGAACUCUUGGUUUAAUAGCUUUCUUGUAAGCAGCAACUCUCUAUCAGGAUAUCACAAUAGGAAAUGCUUGAACAUCAUCUGUGAGAUACUCAAUAUGCAGGCGCUGCUGGAAUGUUGCUACAUAAAAAUGAAAAGUUCACAAUUGGGAAGCUGAAAUCAUCUCUUUUGUCAUAAAGUUUUGUUCUCAACCGACAUUCAUUGUCAGUACUCUAUUUUCAACAUACUAGUAGUCACGAAACUAUGAAUCAUUUACCGAGAAGACAUCAUCUAUAUAGCGGAAGGUGGAGUUAAAGGAUGAUGUAGGGUUUUAAAAAUUAACACAGUAUGUUGCUAUUGUUAUCUCUGUAAAUAAUUAUUUAUUUUGAUAUAUUGAUUAAUAAUAAAAAUAAAUACAGAU